AUGUCAGACCGCCCCAUCAUCGAGCGAACCCUCAAAAGUCUCUUCCCAAACAAGGACACCACCCGCGAGCCCUUCUACCUCGAGUCCCUCAACCUCACAAUCCAAGACUUCAUCACCACCAAGCUCAAGCACACAUGCCGCCGCCACACCAGCAACAUCUCCUCUGCCCACCUCGGAGCCUUUCUCUCCAAAGCCAGCGCCAUUGACGCCGUCAUCCGCUUCCACAAAGGCAGAGAGGGCACCCUCGACGGCCCGUUUCCCACCCUCUCCCAGUGCCAGCAGUGGUUCCAGGCCUUCUCCCUGCAAAAGAUGGCCUCGGCGAACAAGUCCACUGGCGGUUACACCCUCGACCUAAGCCAGUCCGCCGACCUGCUCAUCCCCCUCACCCUCUGGCCAAAGGAUAGCGAUGACCGUCUCAAGAUUGCCAGACUGCUCCUCCAAGACACAGGCUGCGACCCCAACGGAGCCAGCCCCUGCUCCGGCUGGGACGUCUGGUGCUGA